AGCACCGACCACUCCCGGCUGAACCCACUAUUUAAGGCCAGCGCACCCCAGCCGGCUGUGAGUCACGGCACUAGGAGGGCAGCGGCAGCUCCACUCACCCCAGCAUCCAGCGCCCUGCAGGAAGGGCCCCUUCACCCGCCAUGGCUUCCCUGGGGCAGGUCAUCUUCUGGAGCAUUAUUAGCAUCAUCAUUAUUCUGGCUGGAGCAAUUGUAUUUAUCAUCGGUUUUGGUAUUUCAGGAAGACACUCCCUCACAGUCACCACUCUCACCUCAGCUGGGAACAUCGGGGAAGAUGGCAUCCUGAGUUGUACUUUUGAACCUGACAUCAAACUUGCUGAUAUCGUGAUACAGUGGCUGAAGGAAGGUGUCAUGGGCUUGGUCCAUGAGUUCAAAGAAGGCAAAGAUGUCCUGUCAGACCAGGAUGAAAUGUUCAGAGGCCGGACAGCAGUGUUUUCUGAUCAAGUAAUAGUUGGUAAUGCCUCUCUGAGGCUGAAAAAUGUACAACUCACAGAUGCUGGCACCUAUAAAUGUUACAUCAUCACUUCUAAGGGCAAGGGGAAUGCUAACCUCGAAUAUAAAACCGGAGCCUUCAGCAUCCCAGAGGUGAAUGUGGACUAUAACGCCAGCUCGGAGAGCUUACGAUGUGAGGCUCCCCGAUGGUUUCCCCAGCCCACAGUGGUCUGGGCUUCCCAAGUUGACCAGGGAGCCAACUUCUCAGAAGUCUCCAACACUAGCUUUGAGCUGAACUCUGAGAAUGUGACCAUGAAGGUUGUGUCCGUACUCUACAACGUCACAAUCAACAACACUUACUCCUGUAUGAUUGAAAACAACAUUGCCAAAGCCACAGGGGAUAUCAAAGUGACAGACUCGGAGAUUAAAAGGCGAAGUCACCUACAGCUGCUGAACUCAAAGGCUUCCCUGCGUGUCUCUGCUUCUUCUGCCAUCGACUGGGUACUCUUGCCGCUCUGCUUUUAUCUGAUGCUAAAAUAACAUACCUUGGUUACACAGAAACAUGCAAAGUCAUUCGUAUGACAGGUGAUAGGAAACAAGGUGCCAGAAUAAAAAAAAAUCAAAUGCUAUUUUCAUCAUAGCAUUCCUUUACUCUGCAACCUAAAGUGACUCUCAGGGCAUUGUCACAUCAAAGUUAAAGUCCUCAGCUCUGCAGUCACAAUUCUCUAAGUUUUUCUUCCUAAGUUUCCUCCUUCUCUCGGCUAUCUACCACUGCUCUCUGUCCUUGCUCCCUCUCUCUCCCUUCUUGGAAAUCUCUGCUGCUGCUGCUGCUGCUAAGUCACUUCAGUCAUGUCUGACUCUGCGCGACCCCACAGACGGCAGCCCACCAGGCUCCCCC